AUGACAUUGGAUAGCAGGGUGGAGCACGCAGGGGCCACGGUGCAGCGCCACCGUGGCUCACCUGAUUUGUUUGAUGAUAGCACUGCAGCAGUUUGCUGUCCUGUGUGGAUUCAGUGCAUCCAACAGAAACUCUCUGCAGAAAAAUCAAGCAAUGGAGAGGAACUAAUCAGGGAGAGAAGCAACCUGGAAUUGAGAAACUUCCUGAUGAUGAAAGACAAGGGAGUGAAUAAAAAGAAGAAAGUUUUGAGCUGGGAAAAAACGAGUGUCUGGAAUUCAAGGAAGCAUUAUAUGAGACAUCAAGGAGGAUCAUUUCUAAAUCAAGAACACCUGGAAGUCAAGAGAUUGCAGAUCACAGCUGAUUUUGUAUGUGAGCAUCCAGUCAGGCAAAAGCUAUACAAAUGUUUGGAGAGAGGCAAAAGUUUUUUCUCGGAACAGCUCCCUCAUGAUACAUGGAAGGGCUCAUACCAGAGAGAAGCUCUAUCAUUGCUUCGAUUGAAGAGGAGUCACAUGAUAGAGAAACCGUAUGAAUGUCCAGAUAGUGGGAAAAGUUUCAAGCAGAAUUCUCACCUUGGGGAACAUCAGAGGACUCACACAGGAAAGAAGCCGUAUGAGUGUCCAGAUUGUGGGAAAAGUUUCCAGAAGAAUUCCAAGCUGGUGAUACACCAGAGGACUCACACGGGAGAGAAACCGUGCAAGUGCCCAGAUUGUGGGAAAGGUUUCAGUUGCAAUUCUAACCUGAAAUCCAACCUGGUGAUGCAUCAGAAAAACCACACAGGAGAGAAAUGUCCAGUGAAACCGUAUAAAUGUCCAGAUUGUGGGAAAUGUUUCCUACAUAAUUCCAAGCUAGUGAUACAUCAGAGAAUUCACACGGGAGAGAAACCAUAUCAAUGUCCGGAUUGUGACAAAAGUUUCAAGCAGAAUUGCAAGCUAGUGCAUAAUUCCAAGCUGGUGGUUCACCAGAGGUCCCACACAGGAGAGAAACCCUAUCAGUGUCCGGAUUGUGGGAAGAGUUUCCAGGAGAAUUCCAGGCUAGUGAUGACACAUACAGGAGAGAAAAUCUACCAGUCCUUCAAAUGCGACGAAAAAUUAAGCAUGAACACCAGUGUGCUGAGAUACAGGAGGAUUUACCCAAAGGAGACACACUUUGAAUGUUCUGACUGUGGGAAAUGUUUCACACAGUACUCUGAUCUGGUGAUACACCAGAGGUCUCACGGGGCAGAUAAACCAUAUAAGUGUUCCGACUGUGGAAAAAGUUUCACUUGGAUCUGUCGCCUGAAAAUACACCAGAGGAGUCACAAAGGAGAAAAUCCAUAUGUGUGCCAAGAUUGUGGGAAAGGUUUCAAUUGGAAUUCUCUACUGGUGGAACAUCAGAGGAUUCACACAGGAGAAAAACCCUAUGAGUGUCCUGAUUGUGGGAAAGAUUUCUGUCGGAAAUCUGACCUGGUGAAACAUCAGAGGACUCACACAGGAGAGAAACCAUAUAAAUGUCGUGACUGUGGGGAAAGUUUCAGUCAUAAUUCUUACCUAGUGAAACACCAGAGGACUCAUACGGGAGAGAAACUGUAUGCGUGUUCAGAUUGUGGGAAAGAUUUAAAUUGUAAUUCUGACCUGAUGAAACACCAGAGGACUCAUACAGGAGAGAAACCAUAUACCUGUCCUGAUUGUGGGAAAAAUUUCAGUCAGAAUUCUUACCUAGUGAAACACCAGAGGACUCACACGCAAGAGAAACCAUAUGAGUGUUCGGAUUGUGGAAAAGCUUUCAAAUGGAAUUCUGAUCUAGUGAUACACAAAAGGAUUCACAUGGGUGAAAAACCAUAUGAGUGUCUAUUUUGUGGGAAAAGUUUCAUUCAAAAUUCCUACCUUGUACGACAUCAGAGGACUCACACAGGAGAGAAACCAUAUAAGUGUCCAAACUGUGAGAAAAGUUUCACUCAGAAUUGUGAUCUGGUGAUACAUCAGAGGUCUCACACACAAGAAAAACCCUAUGAGUGUUCAGAUUGUCAGAAAGGUUUUAGUUGCAAUUCCGCCCUGGUGAAACAUCAGAGGAGUCAUACAGGAGAGAAACCAUAUAAAUGUCAUGAUUGUGGGAAAGGUUUCGGUCAGCAUUGUCACCUGUUGGUACACCAGAGAACUCACAUAGGGGACAAACAGUAUAAAUGUGUAGAUUGUGGUAAAAGUUUCACUCGGAAUUCUAACCUGGUGAUACACCAGAGGACUCACACAGGAGAGAAACCAUAUAAAUGUGUAGAUUGUGGGGAAAGUUUCCAUCUGAAUUCUGACCUGCUGGUACACCAGAGGACUCACACAGGGGACAAACGGUAUCAGUGUGUGGAUUGUGAUAAAAGUUUCAUUCGGAAUUCUAACCUGGUAAUACACCAGAGGACUCAUGGAGCAGAAAAAUUAUAUGAGUGUCUGUUUUGUGGGAAAAGUUUUAGUCAGACUUCCAACCUGGUGCAACACCAGAACACUCACACAGGAGAAAAACCAUAUGAGUGCCUGGAAUGUGGGAAAAGAUUCAGUUGGAAUUUCCACCUGGUGAUACACCAGAAGACUCACACAGAUGUGAAACUGUAUGCGUGUCCAGAGUGUGGGGAAAGUUUCAGUUGCAGGUCUGAACUAAUGAAGCACCAGAAGACUCACAGAGGAGAAAGACUGUAUGAGUGUCCAGAUUGUGGGAAAAGUUUCACUCGGAAUUCUAAGCUAUUGAGACACCAGAGAAUUCACACAGGAGAGAAACCAUAUGAGUGUCUGUAUUGUGGAAAAAGUUUCAGUCAGAAAUCUAACCUAGUGGUACACCAGGGGACUCACACAGGAGAAAAACCAUAUCCAUGUCCAGAUUGUGGGAAAUGUUUCCAGCAUAAUUCCAAGCUGGUGGUACACCAGAGGUCUCACACAGGAGAGAAACCCUAUCAGUGUCCAGAUUGUGGGAAAAGUUUCCAGGAGAAUUCCUACUUGGUGAAACACCAGAAAACUCACAGAGGAGAAAAACCAUAUGAGUGUCCGGAUUGUGGGAAAGAUUUCAGGACUAGGUCUAGCCUUAUAAAUCAUGUAAGGAUACACAUAGGGGAAUUCAUGGAAGGAUCCAAACCGGAGAGAAACUACCAGUGCUUCCAGUGCAACAAAAGAUUAAGUAUGAAUACCAAUGUGGUGAGACAUAAGAGGAUUCAAACUUGGGUGACAAACUUUGAAUGCCCUGUUUGUGGGAAAUGUUUCACACAGGAUUCUGAUCUAGAGAUACACCAGAUGUCUCACAGGGCAGAGAAACCAUACAAGUGUUCCAAAUGCGAAAAAAGUUUCAAAUGGAUUUGUCGCCUGAAGAUACACCAGAGGAGUCACAAAGGAGAAAAUCCAUACGAGUGUCAAGAUUGUGGGAAAGGUUUCAAUUGGAAUUCUCUACUGGUGGAACAUCAGAGGAUUCACACAGGAGAAAAACCCUAUGAGUGUCCUGAUUGCGGGAAAGAUUUCUCUCGGAAAUCUGACCUAGUGAAACAUCAGAGGACUCACACAGGAGAGAAACCAUAUAAAUGUCGUGACUGUGGGGAAAGUUUCAGUCAUAAUUCCUACCUGGUGAAACACCAAAGGACUCAUACGGGAGAGAAACUGUAUGAGUGUUCAGAUUGUGGGAAAGAUUUGAGUUGCAGUUCCGCCCUAAUUAAACAUCAGAGGACUCACACAGGAGAGAAACCAUAUAACUGUCUUGAUUGUGGAAAAAGUUUCAGUCACAAUUCCUAUCUGUUGAAACACCAGAGAACUCACAUGCAAGAGAAACCAUAUGAGUGUUCAGAUUGUGGAAAAGCUUACAAGUGGAAUUCUUACCUAGCGGCACACCAAAAGAUUCACACAGGUGAAAAACCAUAUGAGUGUCUGCAGUGUGGGAAAAGUUUCAUUCAAAAUUGCAACCUUGUGAGACAUCACAGGAUUCACACUGGAGAGAAACCAUUUAAGUGUCCAGAUUGUGGGAAAGGUUUCACUCAGAAUUGUGACAUGGUAAUACACCAAAGGACUCACAUGGAAGAGAAACCGUAUGAGUGUUCAGAUUGUGGGAAAGGUUUCAGUUGCAGUUCUGACCUGCUGAUGCAUCAGAAGACUCACACAGGAGAGAAAUCAUAUAGCUGUCCUGAUUGUGACAAAUCUUUCAGUCAGAAUUCCUACCUAGUGAAACACCAAAGGACUCACACAGGAGAGAAACCAUAUAAAUGUCAUGAUUGUGGGAAAAGUUUCAGUCAGAAUUCCUACCUAAUGAAACACCAGAAAACUCACAUGGCAGAGAAACUGUAUGAGUGUUCAGAGUGUGGGAAAAGUUUCAGUCAAAAUUCCUACCUGGUGAAACAUCAGAGGACUCACACAGGAGAGAAACCAUAUAAGUGUAUUGAUUGUGGGGAAAGUUUCCAUCUGAAUUCUCACUUGGUGGUACACCAGACAAUUCACACAGAGGACAAACUGUAUCAGUGUGUGAAUUGUGGUAAAAGUUUCACUCGGAAUUCUGAUCUGGUGAUACACCAGAGGACUCACACAGGAGAAAAAUUAUAUGAGUGUGUGUUUUGUGGAAAAAGUUUCAGUCAGACUGCCAACCUGGUGCAACACCAGAAUACUCACACAGGAGAAAAACCAUAUGAGUGCCUGGAUUGUGGGAAAAGAUUCAGUUGGAAUUUCCACCUGGUGAUACACCAGAAGACUCACACAGGGGAGAAACUGUACGAAUGUCCAGAAUGUCAGGAAAGUUUCACUAUUAAGUCUGAACUGGUGAAACACCAGAAGACUCAUAGAGGAGAGAGAUUGUAUGAGUGUCCUGAUUGUGGGAAAAGCUUCCCUCGAAAUUCCAAGCUGUUGAGACACCUGAGAACUCACACGGGAGAGAAACCAUAUGAGUGUCUGCAUUGUGGGAAAAGUUUCAGUCAGAAAUCUAACCUAGUGGUACACCAGGAGACUCACACAGGAGAAAAACCAUAUCAGUGUCCAGAUUGUGGGAAAAGUUUCAAUCAGAAUUCCUACUUGGUG